UCAAUGGAGAAUAAUACAGAAGUGACUCAAUUCAUCCUGCUAGGACUAACCAAUGCCCCAGAACUGCAGGUCCCCCUGUUUGCAGUGUUCACCCUCAUUUACCUCAUCAGUGUAUUUGGAAAUCUCGGGAUGAUUGUGUUGAUUCUCUUGGACUCUCGACUUCACACUUCCAUGUACUUUUUCCUCUGUAACCUCUCUCUGGUGGACUUCGGUUACUCCUCAGCUGUCACUCCCAAGGUGAUGGCUGGGUUCCUCACAGGAGAUAAAGUCAUCUCCUACAAUGCAUGUGCUGCUCAGAUGUUCUUUUUUGUAGCAUUUGCCACUGUGGAAAGUUACCUCUUGGCCUCAAUGGCCUAUGACCGCUAUGCAGCAGUGUGUAAACCCCUACAUUACACCACCACCAUGACAAGUGUAUGUGUACAACUGGUUAUAGGUUCCUAUGUCUGUGGUUUCCUGAAUUCCUCCAUCCACACUGGGGACAUAUUCCGCCUCUCCUUCUGUAGAUCCAAUGUGAUCCAUCACUUUUUCUGUGAUAUUCCAGCAGUCAUGAUUCUCUCUUGCUCUGAUAGACAUGUUAGUGAGCUUGUUGUUGUUUUUGUGGUGAGCUUCAAUAUCUUUUUUGCUCUUCUGGUGAUCGUGACUUCCUACCUGCUCAUAUUUGUCACCAUCCUGAAGAUGCAUUCAGCUGAUGGAUACCAGAAGGCUUUAUCCACUUGUGCUUCUCACCUCACUGCAGUCUUCAUCUUCUACGGGACACUCAUCUUCAUGUAUGUACAGCCAAGCUCCAGUCACUCCAUGGACACAGACAAAAUGGCAUCCACGUUCUAUGCUAUUGUCAUCCCCAUGCUGAACCCUCUGGUCUACAGCGUGAGGAACAAGGAGGUCAAGAGUGCAUUUAAGAAGGUUGUUGAGAGGAAACAUUCUCUCUAG